UCAUCUUCAUCUUUUCGUGCUAGGCCCGUGUGAGCAAGGCUCGGCAGUUCGCCUUCAUCGUAGGCGGAUCCGGAUCGUGUUCGUCGCUUCAACUCUCCACUCCUUCCAUUAACCCAACACAUACACAUACAGCUAUGUUGCAGUCAAUCGGCGUCUCAAAGGCCCUUUUGGCCAGCGCGCGUCAGGCACGUCCCCAUAUCACCAGAUCCGCUGUCCGCGCUUUCGCUACCGAGGCACCCGUCCCACCUGCACCACCCGCCAGGACUAGCUUUGGCAACCUCAAGGACGAGGACCGUAUUUUCACCAACAUCUACGGUCGCCAUGAUUUCAAACUGAAGGGCGCACUUAAGCGUGGAGACUGGUACAAGACUAAGGAAAUCUUGCUCAAGGGCCACGAUUGGAUCAUCAAUGAGAUGAAGGAAUCUGGUCUUCGUGGACGUGGCGGUGCUGGUUUCCCUUCAGGAUUAAAGUGGAGCUUUAUGAACAAGCCCGCGGAUGGCCGUCCCCGCUACUUGGUUGUUAACGCUGAUGAGGGCGAGCCCGGUACCUGCAAGGAUCGCGAGAUUAUGCGUGGUGACCCCCACAAGCUGGUCGAGGGAUGCCUGGUCGCUGGUCGCUCCAUGAAUGCCAACGCUGCUUAUAUCUAUAUUCGCGGAGAGUUCUAUAACGAGGCCUCUAACCUUCAGAUUGCCAUCGAUGAGGCGUAUAAGAACGGAUUGAUCGGCAAGAACGCUUGUGGAUCUGGAUACGACUUUGAUAUUUACAUUCACCGCGGUGCUGGUGCAUACAUUUGUGGGGAGGAGACAGCUUUGAUCGAGUCAAUCGAGGGCAAGGCUGGUAAGCCCCGCCUGAAGCCCCCAUUCCCUGCUGAUGUCGGUCUUUUCGGAUGCCCCACCACUGUCGCGAACGUUGAGACUGUCGCCGUCGCACCCACCAUCUUGAGACGCGGUGGCAAGUGGUUCGCUGGAUUCGGUCGCCCCCGCAAUGCUGGAACAAAGCUGUUCUGUAUCUCGGGACAUGUCAACAAUCCCUGCACAGUCGAGGAGGAGAUGUCGAUCCCUCUGAAGGAGCUGAUCGAGAAGCACUGCGGAGGUGUCAAGGGCGGUUGGGACAACUUACUCGGAAUCAUCCCUGGAGGAUCCUCGGUCCCAGUCUUGCCUCGCCACAUUUGCGACGAUGUGCUGAUGGACUUUGAUGCCCUGCGUGAUGUCCAGUCUGGCUUGGGAACUGCGGCCGUUAUCGUCAUGGACAAGUCGACCGAUAUUGUUUCGGCCAUCUCUCGUCUCUCUGCCUUCUACAAGCACGAGUCUUGUGGACAGUGUACACCAUGCCGUGAAGGUACCUCCUGGUUGGCUAAUAUGAUGCACCGCUUUGAGUACGGCCAGGCUCGUCCUCGCGAGAUUGACAUGAUCGAGGAGCUGUCUCGCGAGAUUGAGGGACACACCAUUUGCGCCUUGGGAGAUGCUGCAGCAUGGCCUGUCCAGGGAUUAAUUCGCCAUUUCCGCCCAGAGCUCGAGGCCCGCAUGGCGCAGUUCAAGAAAGAGGCCCAAGUUUAGGUUUAAGGGGACGAACAAGCAUAAGGGAAGGAUAACGGAAAUAGUACAACUGGGAAGGCGAGCAAAAUGAAAGAUAGACAUUAUAACUGCAGAAAGCUUUUUUUUUUUCGACAUUAAGAAACUAUUUUUUUUUUACACUUUA